AUGGACUCGGAACCCAUAUCAUCGAGCUGUUCUCCCGAACAGACCGUUGUCUACCUAAAGACUGUUUUCCAUCCGACCAUGAGAUAUGCCGUCAAUAUUGUAUCUCUGAUUGUGAUCCCAUGGGCUACCUGCAGUAUUCUCGCAGGCUACUUCACUUGCAUCCCAACAGAGAAGCUAUGGCACCCCAUGAUAGAAGGUGGUUGCGUGAAUCUGUCAAGAUUCUACUACGGUCUUCAGAUGCCCAACAUCACGACGGACACAAUCAUCCCCCUGCUGCCUAUGCACAUUGCUCAGAAGUUGGGUCUUUCUGGGAUUCUCAUUUUGAGAUUCUUGUGGGUUUUACCCGCUGUCCCUAUGAUAAAUAUUCCUCUAACAUCAUGCAGGACCCUAAUUUUCGAUACCAUUCGUCUGGUCGUCCUGAUCGAGCUUUCCACUAAGGGUGACCACAUUACCUGCACGCAUAAUAAAGAAGUCUCGACAAGCGUGUGGACAUGCAUCGAGCCUGCUGUCGGAAUUAUUGCGUCCUGUCUGUCAAAUAUGCGGCCUUUGUUUAAGGUCAUGCAUACCAAGGUUUGGUCUAGGCUUUCUAGCCGAUAUGCCACCAAUACGGACAGUAACAAAAAUUCACAAACUAAAGAGAGAAGUGGCUGGCCGCGACAGACCACUAGCCUCACCGAUGAAGGGGGUAUUUCUCCUAGUCCUUGUAGGGAUUUGAACCAGUCGCCGACUCAAAACCAGUCUAAUGUGUAA